AUGGCGGGCUUCCGGCUACUGUCCCUGGCGCUGGCUCUGCUGCUGCUCGCCAGACCCAGCGACUCUUCGGUCAUCCUUGCAUGCACAGGUGUUGCUUUUACACUAUUCUGGGAGAGCAUACUCAUAGUGGACUCCUUAGAUCCAAGGACAAGCUCUGCCCCCACCUCCUUAAGUCCAGAGACAACCCCUGAGCCCACCACUCCAAGACCAGAGGAGACAAUCCCUGAGCCCACCACUCCAAGACCAGAGGAGACAACCCCUGAGCCCACCACUCCAAGGCCAGAGACAACCCCUGAGCCCACCACUCCAAGGCCAGAGACAACCCCUGAGCCCACCACUCCAAGGCCAGAGACAACCCCUGAGCCCACCACUCCAAGACCAGAGGAGACAACCCCUGAGCCCACCACUCCAAGACCAGAGGAGACAACCCCUGAGCCCACCACUCCAAGACCAGAGACAACUCCUGAGUCUACCCCCACAAUUCUGGAAACAACUCCAGACUCCACAGCUCCGAACCCAGGCUCAGCCUCCCCAGAGCCAGAGACAGCCUCUCUCCCCAGCUCUGGGUUCCCCAGUUCCGAGCAGACCACCACAUCCCAGUCCACGAACUUGGCUCCACAAGGGUCACCCACUGCAUCCAGCCCAGGCCUGAAUGCAGGCAGCCUCUGGAUUCCCACAUCACACAGGAACCCUGGUGUGGUGAUUGCUGUGUGUCUGCUAGUGUCUGUCUUACUCAUUGGCUCUGUGUUCAUCGCUGUGAGACAUUAUAAUCGAGAUGUGCCAGCUUUUCAUAAUCUGGAUACAGUAUCCAUGGGCAGUGUGAGCCAGAGGCUGCCAUUCGCUGAGCGCCUACAGUCGUGACUCUGAGAGGCCUAGAGAUAUGGUGGAGGUGACACCUGGAAAAAACAGUGUCUGGAAUCCCCCCCCCCAUCCUGACCCCCUAGGGAUCAGUGGCAAGGAGGACAGCUGGAGCACAGGAGUUUCAGGCCAGUUUGGCCCACACAUCUAGUAUCCAACUCAGAAAUUAAAUCAACCCAGGUGUCCACUCCUGUCACCCCUGCACUUGGGAGGUAGAGACAGGAGGAUCAUGUGUUCAAGUCCACCCUCAGCUACAUAGGGGAUAGCCUGGGUUAUAAGAGACUCUAUCUUUUUAAAAAAUGGGGGGCGGUUGCUGAAGAGAUGG